AUGAAGAAACCAUUUUGGACGCAGGUCAUUAUAUCAGGUACCAUAGCUGGAAUGGGUGAUAUCAUUGGGCAGGUCGUGCUUGAGAAACGACGUACCAUUAAGACUUAUGAUUUUAUACGCAGUGCUCGGUUUGCUCCAGUUCUGUAUCAUUGGUUUCAUUUUUUGGAACAACUAUCAGGUCAACCAAAAUUUCGACCCUUGAAACGUAUGCUAAUUGACCAGAUCAUAAUGGCACCUUUGCUCACAUUUACUUUCAUAACGACUAUUCACUUGUUAGAGGGGAGAAAGCCAGGCAAAGCAGUUGAAAUUUCUCGUCAGCAAAUUGGUCCAAUACUUAUUAAUAAUUAUAAAAUUUGGCCCUUGGUUCAGAUACUGAAUUUUUAUUUAAUUCCAUUACAAUAUCGUGUCAUAAUGGUGCAACUAAUCGGAGUGUUCUGGAAUGCAUAUAUUUCAUACACUGUACAGGGAUCUGUACCUAAUUCAGCUCUUAAUAUUGAAUAA